CGUUGCCGCGACACCGAGUAAACACCGAGCGUGCGGCGGGAGCGGUGGCGGCUGCUGCGGCGGAAGUUGGUUGCUUCAGGAACCUGAAAGGGAGAAACCUGAUUUUCGUCAGCCAAGAUGGCUUCCAAAAGGAGAACUUUGAGCUUUAGUGAAAGGCAUCAAAAAUUAGUAGAUCAAAACUACUGCAAAAAAUUGCAUGUCGGAGCAAUGAAAGAGAUAGAGAGUCAAGUCAGGAAUCAAACUGUGCAGAAUGAAAAUGAUGACCGUGUUGAGCGCAAGAGAUUCCUCAGGUUAUUACAGGAUGAGCAGUUUGAGUUGGAUUUGGAAGAAGCCAUCCAAAAAGCAGAAGAAAACAAGAGAUUAAGGGAAGGCCAGCUUGAACAAGAAGAAAAACUGGCUAUGGAACUGGCAAAACUAAAACAUGAAAGUCUGAAAGAUGAAAAGAUGAGGCAACAAGUAAGAGAAAACAGUAUUGAGCUCAGAGAAUUAGAGAAGAAAUUAAGAGCUGCUUACAUGAAUAAAGAGAGGGCAGCCCAGAUUGCAGAGAAGGAUGCCAUUAAGUACGAGCAAAUGAAACGUGAUGCUGAAAUAGCCAAAACCAUGAUGGAAGAGCACGAGAGAGUGAUGAAGGAGGAAAGUGCUCUAGAAGACAAACGGAGCAAAGAGAAAGCACAGUACUAUCUUGACUUAGAGAAACAACUUGAAGAACAAGAAAAGAGAAAGCAGGAAGCUUAUGAGCAGUUGCUGAAAGAAAAGCUGAUGGUUGAUGAAAUCGUUAGGAAAAUAUAUGAAGAAGAUCAGUUGGAAAGACAACAAAAGUUAGAAAAAAUGAAUGCAACUCGGAAGUACAUUGAAGAGUUUCAGAAAGAGCAGGCUCUGUGGAGAAAAAAGAAGCGUGAGGAGAUGGAAGAGGAAAACCGGAAAAUCCUGGAGUUUGCCAACAUGCAGCAACAGAGAGAAGAAGAAAGGAUGGCAAAAGUUCAAGAAACUGAGGGGAAAAGACUGCAGCUUCAAAACAUGCUGAUUCAGAAAUUGGAAGAAAUUCUGCAACAGCGUGAAGAUUUGGAACAAGUGCGACAAGAAUUAUACCAGGAAGAAGCAGCUGAAGUUUAUAAGAGGAAAAUAAAAGAAGAAGCAGAAGAGAAAUUGAGAAGGCAAAAUGAGAUGAAGCAAGAUUUUGAGGAACAAAUGGCCUUGAAAGAACUAAUACAGCAGGCUGCAAAAGAAGAAGAGGAAAUCUUUAGGAAAACCAUGCUAGCUAAACUUGCUGAAGAUGAUCGGAUAGAAUUAAUGAACGCUCAGAAACAAAGGAUGAAGCAGCUGGAACACAGAAGGGCUGUGGAGAAACUUAUUGAAGAGCGUCGUAACCAGUUCCUUGCCGACAAGCAACGUGAACUGGAAGAAUGGCAGUUGCAGCAAAAAAGACAAGGGCGUAUCAAUGCAAUUAUUGAAGAAGAAAGACUAAAACUUCUAAAAGCACAUGCUACAAAAUUACUAGGAUAUCUCCCUAAAGGAGUAUUUAAAACAGAAGAUGAUGUUGAUAUGCUUGGUGAAGAGUUUAGGAAAGUGUAUCAGAAAAGGAAUGAAAUUUGUGAAGAGAAGUGAUAACAAGAUUUGGUAAAACCUGGGUGCUUUCGUACGUAACCACUAGAUGUCAGUGUAACUUUUGUUUUAUAAUUUAGUGACAGUAGGAAUCCACUGUGUUACUGGAAUUUUCUAAAACAUCACCUUAUUUCAUAAUUCAUAAAAAAUUGCCAGAUAAAAAUUAAACAGCUGAAUGUCUUUAUCUGCAAAAUUGUUUUUAUUAUUGUACUGAUAAUUUGAAGGUCUCAAUUUUAUAACAUCACCCCGUGUUAUAACAGUCUCUCUAUAUGUAAGUAUAGGCCCAAUCUAGGAGGCCAAUUUUUUACUACGUCCUUUAUUGUCCAGAGACCUUUCUGUACCCCAUCCUGAAGAAAAUCUAUUCAUGUUGACUUAUAAAGGCUUUGGGCCACAGUGAA